GCAGAGUGCUUCUUGUCACUUGUGUCUUCAUUGUCUACCAUCAUGUCUUUCUCUGGAAAAUACCAGCUGGAGUCCCAGGAGAACUUUGAGCCUUUCAUGAAGGCCAUUGGGCUUUCUGAUGACCUCAUCCAGAAAGGAAAAGACAUCAAGAGCAUCUCUGAAAUUGAAGAGACUGGGGACCACUUCAAGAUUACCAUCACUACUGGCUCAAAGGUUAUGGCCAAUGAGUUCACAAUUGGCCAGGAGACUGAGCUGGAGACUAUGACUGGAGAGAAGGUCAAGGGGGUGGUUCUACUAGACGGAGGCAAGCUGAAGGUUUCUUUGAAGGGAAUUGAGUCUGUCACAGAAAUGCUGGAUCAGAACACGAUUGUAAAUACGAUGACCGUUGGUGGUGUUGUAUACAAGAGGAUAAGCAAACGCAUGUAACCGUUUAUACCAAGGGCAAAUCGAUUAAAAAUAAAAAAUGUAAAGACAGCA